AUGAUGGAAAUAGCUUAUCAACCUCGGCAUGAUUCCGAGAUCGAAUCACUCGUCGAGAGAAUUAACCCUCCCAGGGUUUGUGUAGACAACGACUCAGACCCAGAGUGUACACUCGUUAAGGUAGAUAGCGUGAAUAAGUACGGGAUAUUACUAGACAUGGUUCAAGUUUUGGCUGAUCUUGAUCUCGUUAUCUCCAAAUCUUACAUCUCAUCUGAUGGUGAAUGGUUUAUGGAUGUGUUUCACGUGACUGACCAACUCGGGAAUAAGCUCACAGACCGAAGCCUUAUUCUCUACAUUCAACAGGCAAUAUGUUAUAGUAGAACGGGAGGUAUAACGAAAGAGAUGCAAAGUAAACUAAAACGUGAGGUGCAACAGCGCCACGUGUCAACAGAACACACGGCGUUUGAGAUAACCGGGAUGGACAGACCGGGUCUACUGUCCGAGAUCUCCGCCGUACUUUCCGACAUAGGUUGUCACGUGACUGCAGCUGUUGCGUGGACCCACCACGAGCGAGCGGCGAUGGUGAUUUAUCUAGAAGAUGGGUUUAACGGUGGGCCCAUUAUUGACCCAAUAAGAAAAGCCCAAGUGAAGGAUCAUUUGGAUACUGUUAUGGAGGCUCAUCAUAGAGUCGGCGAUGAGUCUAGGAUCGUCGUGAGUGUGGUUGAGGCUAAAGGAGCUCCGGUCGGGUGGGCUCACACCGAGCGCCGGCUUCACGAGCUAAUGUACGCCGAAAGAGACUACGACAGUUGCUUCGACUGCGAUUGUUUCAGUGGAGACAGGUGCGAUGCGUUAUGGAGAGGAAGAUGCGAGAGGAUACACGUGGCAAUCGAAGCUUGUAACGGUUACUCAAUGGUGAACGUUAAGUGUAGAGACAGGCCAAAACUACUAUUCGACACAGUUUGCGCGUUUAAAGAGUUAGAGUUCGUCGUGUUUCACGCCGUCGCCGGAGCUAAAGGUUCGACGGCGGAGCAAGAAUAUUUCAUCAGAAAGAAGAAUGGUUGUACGUUAGAGACUGAAGGGCAAAGAGAAAGACUACGACAUUGUUUGGUAGCUGCGAUUUCGAGACGCGCUUCUCGCGGUUUGAAAUUCGAGGUUCGGACAAAGAACAAGAUGGGUUUGUUGUCGGAUGUGACGCGAGUCGUUAGAGAAAACGGUUUAUCGAUAGCUAGAGCUGAGAUGAGUACGCAAGGUGAGCUUGCGGUUGGUUCUUUUUACGUUACGGAUGUGAAUGGCGGUGAGACUGAUGCGAUUGCGGUUGAAGCGGUUGUACGAGAGUUGGGUGGAGCGGUUGUUUCGGCGGUUAAAGCGGUUGGGAUGAUGACUACAAGGUUUGGUUCGUCGAGUGAUAGUGUUGAGCAAGAUAAAGCUAAGUUGUCUAUUGGGAGAUUGUUUUGGUCGAAACUAGAGAGAUUAUCGACGUCAAUAAGAUCGUUGUGA